UGGGUGCACACUGCGCGCGCCGGCGCCGGCAGUCGGGGGCGGCACGGGCGCGCGGCUCCAGUGGCGACUCGGGAGCGGCGUGGCGUGGGGUGGGGUGGUGCAGCCGUGCCGUGGUGGCUGGAGCGAGUGGCGGUGAUGUUCUGAGAGGCUGAGCUGACUCAGUGACGGAGGAACCCACGACUGCGUCCAUCGGUCUUCGUUAGGGCUCGUCAGCGCCAACCGGCGCCGCGGCGUGGCCAUGAACGAGUGGGUGCGCCGGCUGCGCUCCUCCGUCCAGGCCGCCGUCGGCAGAAAGCGCAGGAAGAGCGCCGACCCGUCAGCUGCCGGCGAGCCACGCAAACAAAAACCCGCAGAUGCGACUCCUGCCCAGACUCCGUCCGAACCGGAGCUGGAGCUGCCGCCGGUGGCGCCGCCACAGCUGCCCGGCCUGACCAAGCAGCGCGCCCGCGGGCCGCCUCGGCGCCGGCCGUCGCCGGCCCAGCAGCGCACCGUCUCCUGUCCGCCCGUGGAGGCUGACUCGACCAGCUUCGCCUGGGGCCGCGACCCCACCAUCGACCCGGCGCUCUUCUUCAGCGACGUGGUGGGCCGCAGCCUGGGGGCGCGCGGCGCCCACCGCCCGCUCACCAGCAUCGCCGAGCGCGCCGGCCGGACCGGGCCCGCCUCGGACCGCGCCAGUCGGCUGUCUGAGGCCAGUCGGAGCGGUCCCGGGGCCUCGGACCGCGCCAGUCGGCUGUCUGAGGCCAGUCAGGGCGGUCCUGGGGCCUCGGACCGCUCCAGCCGGCUGUCUGAGGGCGGCCCCGGGGCCUGGGACCGCUCUAGUCGGCUGUCUGAAGCCAGUCGGAGUGGCCUCGAGGGCUCGGAGGACGGCGAUGGCUCCCGAGCCGGGGAGGCGGGGGCGAGGCAGGAACAGUCGGAGCGCCUCCCGGCGGCGCCGGCGGCGGGUGACGGGGAGUCAGUGCAGGACGGGGCGCCGGCGGGGAAUGUGACUGACGGGACUGAUGGGACUGAGCAGACGGCGGAGGGUGGGAUUGAUGGGACUGGUGUGACUGGUCAGUUGGCUGAUCAGACUCAGACGCGGACUGAUCAGUCUGCCGGUGACGGUCGCCAGUCGCCCGUGCUGCGCCUGACGGGGGGAGAGGUGGAGGGGACGCCCAGACGACGGCUCUGCGCCCUGCUGUGAGGUCGCCGGGACCACUGUGCGGCCUGGCCAGCACUCAGGAGACCCGGACUCUCUGACGGAGCUCUCUCAGCAAGUCUAAGUCACAAUGGAUUGGUGUGCUAUGAUGUGCUAUGCGCUGUUGUGAUAGGACAGAGGAAGGUAUCCGCACUCCCUUGGGGAGCCGUUUGAUCCAGCAGACAUGCAGUGCUGCCUUGCGAGGCUAACUCAGAGCUUAUGUUUGUGUGGUAAACAGUCUUUUAUCUCCCAGUGUGUUUCCGAUUACAUCUGCAUAUGUAUAGCGACGCUGGAUGUGAAGAUAAUGUGGCGAUGUGUUACCAAAGAAUUAUUAAAAACCUCAGCAGUAUUUCGGCCAAGUUAGAGUUGCACCCCGCUAACUGUGUCAUAUAAGCCAUUUUUCUCGCGGGCACCCACUGUGACAUGAGCGGUGAAGUGUGCGCUGCCGAGGGUCCGAAGUCGACCGUCUCAGGCCGUUUGGCUCCGACUUUCUCCGAGCUGCGGCAGCGAACCGCACUGGUGCCGCCCGCUCUGGGAUUCUACCCGUAGUGGUGCCACCGGCUGUGGGAUUCUACCCGUACUGGUGCCGCCGUCUCUGGGAUUCUACCCGUUUAGGUGCCGCCGGCUCUGGGAUUCUACCCGUUCAGGUGCCGCCGUCUCUGGGAUUCUACCCGUACAGGUGCCGUCGGCUCUGGGAUUCUACCCGUUCAGGUGCCGCCGUCUCUGGGAUUCUACCCGUACAGGUGCCGUCGGCUCUGGGAUUCUACCCGUACUGGUGCCGCCGUCUCUGGGAUUCUACCCGUACAGGUGCCGUCGGCUCUGGGAUUCUACCCGUACUGGUGCCGCCGUCUCUGGGAUUCUACCCGUACAGGUGCCGUCGGCUCUGGGAUUCUACCCGUACUGGUGCCGCCGUCUCUGGGAUUCCACUCGGAACGGCAGUGCCGCUCUGGCCUCUGAGCCUGGAGCGACAGAGCUGCACUACAGGGAUGGAACGGCUGCCGUGCAGUCUGCUGUGGCCGGCGUUCCGCCGUCUCUGAGCAGCGGCACAUCAGUGGACGGUAGUUUUCGGCUGCACGUCGUCCAGUGCUCGUUUUCGGAGAUUGAUUGUCCCAGUGUCAGCCCUGCUAUUUUUAGAGGCAGAUCCGCCACAUCGUUCAACGCUUACGCGUCUGUGGUUUCUUCAGACACGUAUUGAAGAAGAUUCAUCGAUUUCAAAAUUUUGUUACAAAUGGAAGUAGCGGCAUUUCUAGUGAAAGGUGCCUUGUGAAUCUGAUGCCUUGGAUUUUAUUAACAUUAUUGAUCUUUAAUGGGUAGGCUGAUAUUAUGCUACAAUGACCGUGCUCAUUGAGCUGCACUACUGACCAGUGAUAUCCUGCUUUAUAAAAAGGUUACCAAAGCCAUGUCGCCGUCGGUUCGGCGGUGCCGUGUGUCGCUGCCGACUGCCGUUACGUUGCCACUGUUCUUUAGUUAGCCGGACAAGUAGUGUAGGUGUAUAGCUCGCUAUGAUGGCUGAGGAGAUAUUGGUAAAGAGACCAGAUGAGAGAAGCCUGAGACUGCUGACACGAGUGGCGAUACAGUGCCUUAGAUGGCUGCCCGUCGCAGCGGCCGCGGCAGAACCGCCAGGCUGCUGCAGCCGGUCUUCCGUUUUGUACCGUGCAAAGCAACACGAUCAAUACAAUAAUUUUCACUUUGCAA